CGGGUGCUGUCUGCACUGUAGGCGAGUUAACGUUGCGAUUUGAGUUUGUUUAUCAACAAUUUAUGCGUAUGGACAUUCGAAGACGAUUGAUAUACUUUAAAUGAUUGCAGAUGUGUUGUAUCUUAUGCGUCUUUCCUGAAAACAGCCAUGGAGUUUCUCCCAGUACUGGAUCCUCUUGAUAAACCUAAGGAGGGACUAUGGUAUUCCUUGAUCCCCAGAGGAAGUGCUCCUGGAGUCAGUGUGGGUCACUCCUGCACAUUUAUUCCAUCUGAUGAUGGAGGAAAAGGAAAAAUCUUCAUUGUUGGAGGAGCCAAUCCCAGUGGAAGUUUCUCAGAGUCUCAUAUUAUAAAUCUAGAUAAUCACGAAUGGGACAUUCCUGAGUGGGAUGGUUUGGAGGCACGCUAUGAGCACUGCUGCUUUGUGCCUGAGAGCUCUCCGCAGAGUAUCUGGGUGUUUGGUGGGGCACAACAAACUGGCAAUCGUAACUGUAUCCAGAAUGUGCAGCUAACAGAUAGUGAACCUCGCUGGAAGAAUGUACCUGCAAAUGGAGAGCUCCCCAGUCCGAGGACCUACCACACCAACUCAGCCUCCAUAGGGGACCGACUGUUUGUCUUCUCUGGUGGAGAAGCCGGAGCUGCACCUGUCUCAGACUCUAAAGUUCACAUCUUUGAUUCGGUAUCCUCCUCUUGGUCUCAACCACAAACACACGGCAGGCAGCCACCAGCCCAACACGGCCACAUUGUUGCCGCAGUGGGCUCAAGGAUCUACAUACACGGAGGAAUGACUGGAGACAAAUUCCACAGUGAUAUGUACUUUCUCAACACAGGGAGCAUGAAGUGGGAGAAGGUGCAGAUGAAAGGAGAUAUUCCCCCUGGAGUCGCAGCCCAUUCCGCCGUGGUGCUGGGAAAGAACAUCUAUACUUUUGGAGGGAUGACUGCAGAUGGAGCCACUAACUCCAUGUACAGAUUCAACACUGACAAGAGCAGAUGGACGGUAAUGAAAUUCGAAGGAGACCUACCCCCGAACCGCCUUGACCACUCCAUGUGUUUAUUGCCAUGGAAGCCGGAUCGUGAGGAGGAUGGAAACGAGCAAGCGAAGAGUCCAGCAGGCCCCGAGGGCACAAAUCUGGCCUUCAUUUUUGGAGGAAUGGACACUCAUGGUGUUAUACAUAAUGACUGUAUUGUAACUGUUGUGACAUGA